UGCACGUGGAGUGAAACUUGUUCUCGCAGACGACAUUUGUUUUCAUAAGGACAUUACCACGGUUUGAGGAGUUUUCCUUUUUUGUGGCAAAAAGACAAAUUUUGUGUUGACAAAGAACAUUUUGCUUUCCAUUUUCCCAUUUUAAACUUGUAAAAACAUAAACAUAACAAAAGUUGCGCUACUUUGGCUUAGACUUUGGCCCAUCUUGGAUGCUGUGAAUUCUUUCCGCGACUUUCUUGCGAUUUUGUAUCAAGAAACUUCAAAAUCGCGGCAAAGUGAUGUAGAACAAAAACCGGACUAUUGCUGCUUAUUUCCAAAGGACUAAGUCGCUGCCGCAAAAAGUUAAUGAUCUAAACUGCCAAAAUUCGGCGGAAAGUCAGAUGUCCGAUUCUGUGAUGUCUACCACCUCUGACGAUAUGGAGAUGGACUUGGAUGAUGACACAUACGGGGGCAACAUGUCCGACGACUCUCUUCAUUCUUUUAUUAUCAAGCCCGAUGGUGAGGUAUGCUUUGCAUGCGGUGAUCUCAUAACGGACCGAUACUUGCUUCGGGUUAGUGGGCGUUCGUGGCACGUGGCCUGUUUACGGUGCUGUGUUUGUCAAAAUAUCCUCGACCGACAACACACGUGUUUUGUGAAAGAAGACAACGUUUACUGUAAAAUAGACUAUGCCAGACAAUUCGGGACAAAAUGUGCAAAAUGUUCACGGAGUAUUCAAUCAAACGAUUGGGUGAGGAGAGCCAAGGACAAUGUUUAUCAUUUGGCGUGUUUCGCUUGUGACAGUUGCAAGAGACAAUUAUCAACAGGGGAGGAAUUCGCAUUACAAGACAAUAGAGUGCUUUGUAAAACACAUUACGUUGAGUUAGCGGAAGGCGGAACGAAUCGAGAACAGGAUAGCGCAGCCAGAAACAAAGCCAAAAGAGUUAGGACAACAUUUACUGAUGAACAAUUACAGGUGCUUCAAGCUAAUUUCCAACUUGAUUCGAAUCCGGACGGCCAGGAUUUAGAACGAAUAGCUCAAAUUACGGGAUUAAGUAAACGCGUGACGCAAGUCUGGUUUCAAAACUCACGGGCGAGGCAGAAGAAACACCAACAACAAACUACCCCGGGGGACCCCAAUGGGAUGGACAGCAGUCACGGGAUGCAGUCGUCGCCGACGAGUAGUCCUGCGGGGUCACCUUGGUAGUUUUUCUUCAUCUUCAUCAUUACCUCGCCAACAACCAUAUCAGCGCACGGAUGUCAGAGUGAAGAAGACGUUGUGCGAUAUGUUGGGUUUUCGUACGAAAAUGGCUUGCUAGGAGGACCGUGACCUCUCCAGACAGGACCCUUAAAAAACUACGCUAGCCAUCUCCAACACCACCUGCAGCGACGCAUAGUGGCGAUUUGGUAUAUGAUCCUUUGUCCCACUAAAUAUUCGGGUCUCUUUGUCCCUGGCGGUGUUUGCACGUGUAUGAUGUCAUCAACAAGCCACAAACACUUCAGAAGCAAAAUUAUUUCAUCGGGAGGGGAUAAAGGAUCCAAAUUGAAAUUACUUCUGGUUGCCAAGUUUUUUCUUUUCUUAUUCUUCUGGCACACUGAUGUUGCAAAGCCUGCAGACGGAGUCGAGAUAUGUAAUUCGGGACGUUUCGAAACGUCUCUCGUGUCCUUUACCGGUGUCCGAGCAAAAUGGGUUCUUAUUUCAAUCAUUUGACAUAUAUUAGCCUCGUGGUCUUCGAGUGGCCCUGGACUUCAAUGACAUCAACACCAGAGCGAAAUGAAAUAUUUUGAGAAAAUGGCGUGUUCAAUAUUUUAGUACAUUCUCAUGUCAGGGACUACCAUGACGCCGACAUAAACUUUUGUACAGAAAAAAUAUCAAAAUGAAUUUUGUAAAUUGUUAAUUGUAAAUAAUUAUUUAUGGAUAAAUAUGGUUAUAGUUGUUGUUAAAUGUGACGUCAUCACUGUCAGCGGUUUAUUUCAUCAGAGUUUAUUUCAUUUUCGGUCAUGCGCCGAGUUGUGUCGUUCCCACUGUAUAAGGUGUUGAAGGAAAUUGGGUCCCCAAGAGAAUGUCUAGGGCACAUCGCUCAGGCCUACUUUGGCCUCUUUUAUGAUAUUGGCCUCUAUACAAUGUUUCACAACUCUUCUGUAGAACUAUACACUGAGAAAAUCACGGAUUGAUGUUCGCUUCUCCGGCCCUGUAAGCGGACAAGAACCGCCGAUUCCUUCAGGAUGAUAGAACCAGAACUCAAGACUGACGAUACUGUGAUGUAAAUUUGGUUUUCUACUGGUAGAAAAGUAAACUAUGUUGUUGAUAUAUAUAUCCGUGUUGCGUGUUUAUUAAGAAUUAAGUUUCACAUUCCUCUCGCGAACAAGGAAGUACAUGUUCUUUAUACUCGACACUCCUAAAUCAGGAAGAGAUCAGAGAAGAUUAUUCAUACCAUUGGCUGACAAAAUGCAUCCGCCUACAUCGUAAUUCACCUAUUGUUGGGCCUCUCCGUUAGGUGUGCACAUUCAGGCCCGGAAUUCAUCUCAUUCAGGCCAUGCACGGAUGAAGCAACAUCCUUGUUAAGGUUGAUCCGGGUGACUGUCAUAUAAAAGCACAGCUCAGUUGAUUGAUAAAGAGGACCGUUUUCAUUGCAUGAUAUGUCAAUCCAGAAGGGGGGUAUUCGAUGAAAGUAGUA